GGAUCCCUGAUUGAGUUUUUGAUAACUGGCUUUGUGUAUGCGAUAACCAGUGAGUUAUAUGGCUAUCUUUUAGCUAGACCACUGCAACUGGUUUAUGCCAACUCAUUGAAGGAUUCUCUAGACGGCUACAUUAAGUUGGAAUUUCAGAGCUUUAGAGAAAUUGGAGUUGGGAAGAUAUUGGCUACAAUUGACAGAAGGAGUAUAUCCACUGGAGAGUUGAUUUCUGUGAGUCUUAACUAUCUGCUGCCGGUCCCGUUUUUUCUUACUUUCAUGUCUUACAGAGUUAUUACAGGUUUUAAGAUUCAUGUUUUUCUGUUUGUGUUUUUCUUUGUUUUUAUUUACACCUGGCUGACAAUUUCAAUCACGAAAUACCGGACGAAGUUGAGGAAAGAGACAAACGAGAGGAUCAACAUUCUGACCAACUUGGGAAAUGAAAUCCUGUCGAAUUAUGAAACAGUUAAAGCUUUUAAUAUUGAGGAGUAUGAGAUGAAGAGAUAUGAAAAAAAGCUGGGAGAUAUAGUAAAACCAGCCAGCAGGCUGUGGCAGGGGUUGUAUCUCUUGAACAUGAUACAGAAGGUGGUUUUGUAUUUAAUGGAUGUGGUCAUUGUUACCUUUUUGGUUGUUUGGGGAAAGAGCGACGUAGUUAGAUUGCUGACCGAAUACACGUGUCAUUCAGCAUCAUUAAAGAGAAAGCUCAACAACCUGGAAUCCUUGUACGGCAUCUUUUUGUUAUCAACGACGAAUAUAAUGACAAGCUAUGUUCUGCCUGAAAACAACGACAAAUCACUUAGAGCACUAAAAUCCUUUGAUAAAAAAAUAAGUUUCGACAACAAUUUGAAUUUCUCAAUUGUUAAAAACGACAAAAUUGCAGUGGUUGGGAGCAACGGGUCAGGGAAAACAACCUUUAUUCGAAUCCUGUUAGGAUUCUACGAAUAUAAAGGAUCAAUUAAAGUGGACUCAAUGGAGCAAAAAAGAGGUUUCGAAGAAAAGAGCAAUAAGAACGACCUAGAAGUUAUGGAGGUUUCUAAGAAAUAUGGCGUGCAGAGCUCGCUACUGAGACUGGAGAAUGUUUAUUUGACAUAUGUUGGAGAGAGAGGCAAAAAUCUGAGUGGGUGGAGAAAGACAGAAAAUAGCACUGGUCAGAGCAGCCUUAAGGGAUGA